CAUGCAACGCGUUGUCCUGUGUGUCAGCUGCCCUUUCCGAAUGCACAUUUUCAGAAUCUGCACAUCGAGGAGCAUCAUGAUCCUGUCUUUCAGGCACGGCUGGCGCGAGGUGAGCUUGUCUUUCGAUGUUUUGUCGAGGUCUGUAGGGAGACCUUCCCCAGUGCUUCAAAAAGGCGACGGCAUCUUGUGAAGGAUCAUGCGUAUCCAGAAACAUUUCGAUUCAACAUUGUA